AUGCCCGUUAGUAUAGUCACCAAGCCUGGGUUUACGGCUUUGGAUAUUGAGGUGUUGGAGUCCAUUCACAAGGCAUUGCAUCCUCUCCAGGAGUUUACUGAUGCUCUCUCUGGAGAGGAGUAUGUCAGCAUCUCCUACCUCAAACCAGUUCUCCACCUUCUGUCCACAUCAGUCCUGGCUGAAGACCAAGAGGACACUGACCUGACCAGGUCAAUUAAAACCAAGGCCCUGGCUUACCACAGUUCCUGCUCCGCCGAGGUUCCUGCUCUGCCAAGGUUCCUGCUCCCCCGGCCUUCGCCGAGGUUCCUGCUCCCCCGGCCUUCGCCAAGGUUCCUGCUCCGCCGGCCUUUGCCAAGGUUCCUGCUCCGCUGGCCUUCGCCGAGGUUCCUGCUCCGCCGAGGUUCCUGCUCCGCCGAGGUUCCUGCUUCCCCGGCCUUCGGUGAGGUUCCUGCUCCGCCGGCUUUCGACGUGGUUCCUGCUUCGCCAGCCGGCGAAAGACCCAUUCCUACUGUUCCGCUGCCACCGGCUUCAGAGGAUCUAGUGCCCUACACCGCACCCGAGGCUCGUAAGGUCCAGGCCCAGGAGGCCCUGUUGACCUUCACCGCACUCGAGUCCCGAGGGUCCUCCUUCGUCGCCGGCCGCUUGAGACUCUGCUGCUCUGCCAUCAGGGUUGCCCACCGGAGGUUCCUCCUGGUCGUUAGUCACCAUCGGUGGAUCCACCUGGCCUCAACCCGUCAGCCGAGCAGCCUUCCAGCACACCCGAGCAGCCUCCCAGCGCACUCAAGCCGUCGGCCAAACAGCCUCCUCCUGGUCAUUAGUCGUCGACCGAGCCUCCUCUGGAUCAUCAGUCAUUGCCCAGGUCCUCCUGACAGCGCCCUCAAGACGUCGCUGACCAGCGCUCUCAAGCUGCCCAGCACUCUCAAGCUGCCCAACACAUGCACGUCUCCAGAGAUCCUCUGCGUUCUCAAGUCCCCAGACCUUUUCUGCGCACUCCAGUUGCUGUCUAAGAACUCCAGCGCUCCCAAGCCGCUACUUGAGCUCUCCAGCGCUCUCAAGCCGCCGCUCGAGCUCUCUGGCGCUCCCAAGCCGCCGCUCGAGCUCUCUGGCGCUCCCAAGCCACCACUCGAGCUCUCCAGCGCUCCCAAGUCGCCUCUCGAGCUCCCCAGUGCUCCCCAGCUGCCGCUCGAGCUCUCCAGAGGUCGUCCGCCUCCUGGCCGGCCACCAGAACCCUUCUGUGGCUGUCAACCCUCUGGUCGGCCACCCUAACUCCUUUUUUUUCUGACUCCAUCCUCAGCCAUCUCCACUCAUCACUCUAAGCCUUCAAUAAAGCUCCUUAAACGCAGCUUUGUGUGUGGUGGAGUUCAGGUUCAUCAGAACAAAUCCUGACAGUAUCAAUAUGUUGCAUUUAAAAAAACUAAACUCCACAUAAUUAAAAAACAGUUUUUAAUACCAGCAAUCCAAUUUGAGAUCAGAUCGAAAAGAAUCGAUUCUACAUCUUGAGAAUCGAUUCGAUUCUUGAAAUUUGAAUCGAGACCCAGCCCUAGGACGCAGAUAUGCAGUUUAAAGAGUUUAUUAAAGAUUUGAGGAUUGGAUAACAGUGGAAACCGGGAGGGCUGUGGUAACUGACUGUGGGGAAGAAAGCAGACAGGACGAAGCACCAAUAUUUAUUAGGAAGGUGGAGUAAUUGUGACAGAGGCUGAUUUAUGGGCUGAGGGAGUAGAGGAGUCCAGGGGGAUGGUGAAGCGCACAAAGAGAGCUGCGGUUGACAGUGUGAUGGCUUGUGGUGGACUUGUUCUUCUUCUUCUGGCAGACUAUACACUAAAUGCCUUCCAUCUGGCUGCUGCCUUUUAUAUGCUCCACCAAUUAGUCCAAAAAAAGGUUAAAAAAAUAAAGCAACUGGACUUCUAUUCUACUGAUCACAACCUUGUUUUUCUCUGUCCAGAUUAUAAACCCCUUGUCAAGAGACUACCGGUAACAAAAAGGGCAGUGAGAAAGUGGUCACAGGAAGCUAAAGAAGCCCUACGGUGUUGUUUUGAAUUUACCGAUUGGAUUUCUAUUUGCAAGCCACAUGGAGAGGACAUAAAUGCCAUGACUCAGUGUGUGACCAACUAUAUGGACUUCUGUGUGGACAGCAUCACCCCCACCAGAACAGGGAAUGCUAUCAUUCCCUGAUAGCAAGCCCUGCUUAUAACCAGUGACCUGAAGGAACUGUUGAACAAUAAACUAGAGCCUUUAGGGAGUGAGACAGAGAGUUAUUCAGGAGCAUACAGAAGCAGCUCAAUGUCAAGAUCAGAGAUAGCAAGGGGGUGUAUAGGAAGAAGCUGGAGAAUAAACUGCAGAGGAACAAUAUCAGAGAUGUGUGAUCAGGGAUUAAGAAGAUCAAAGGCUUCAAGCUGAAAGGGGAUCGGAUAGAUUGUAGUCUGGACAAUGAGCUGAACACAUUCUUCAAUAGGUUUACUUCAGGAAAAGACAUCCCACUCUCCUUUAACACACAGCUUUCCUGUCACACCUCAGAUGUUUUAUCCUCUGCCUCAGUCAUGGACUCUUCUGCUUCCACUAGUUUGUCUUCAACCAAAUCAGGAGAUGCUGCUGCUCCCUCCCCUCCCUCUUUACUGUUUCUAGAAGUCAGGUGAAGAGGCAGCUGGAGAGACAGAACCAAAACAAGGCUGCAAAUCCAGAUGGUGCCAGCCCCAGAGUCCUGAAGGUCUGUGCAGAGCAGCUCUGUGGGAUUCUGCAGCACCUAUUCAGUCUAAGCUUGACCCAAGAGAAGGUAUCAUUGUUGUGGAAGACAUCGCGUCUGGUUUAAAAGCAAACUCACCCAUCAGACAUCAACGACGACUACAGACCCAUUGCCCUGCCAUCUCACAUCAUGAAGGUCCUGGAGAGAUUCCUAUUGGCCCACUUAUGUAACCAAACCAGCACAUAUCAGGACCCCCUGCAGUUUGCUUAUUGCCAUGGAGUUGGAGUUGAAGACGGAGGUUGGGCAGGUAGGUGAGCACAGCAGGAGGACUUAACCAUGAGCGACGUCUCGGAGUUCUGAUCUUGACACGAGGAGAUCUGACUUGGAAGUGCGGUAACUCUGGAGUCCAGGAUUCUAGAUGAAGCAAGGAGCAAAAGCAUGGAGUUAGACAAGGCUCGGAAAGAUACUCGGAACUA